GUUUCGCGUCGCCGCGAAUUUCAUAGUAAUUUGUGAGUCAAAACUAUGUUUUAGGUGUAAAAGGGUGAAAAACAUGUCGGCAGAGUUAAGAAUAGUGAAGCUGUUUGAGGAAGUUUUGGAGGAUAAGAAUAUCGUGCCCAGCUGCGAUGAGGAAGAACAGCGAAAGCGCACCGAGGAAGGUUUCAAAAAGAUUGGGACGCUUUUCGGUGCGAUGACGCCAGAAGUGAAGGAAGCUUCGAUACGAAGUUACCUCGGCUACGUGGCGUCGGUGCACCACCAGAACCGGGUGCACAACUAUCUGCACGUGAUGAACCGGAUGGUGGCAAUGAACAUCAUACCGGCGAAGCUGCUGUGCGAUCAGCUCAUGUGCUCGGACAAGCUGACGUACAAGAACCCGUGCUUCUGGAUCGAAGCGUUUCAGCUUAUAAGAAAAGUGAUCGGCGGCGUGGAUUACAAGGGUGUCCGGGAGAUCAUGAAGUGCUGCAAGGAAAAGGCACUUUCGUUUCCGGCAAACGUCAGUGUCAACAUUCUUCCGCAGCUGCUUGAGCUGGUCGAGUUGAUCGAGCAUAUCUUCAACCGAAACGCGUGCCUACUACCGGCCUACUUUAUCAUAAAUGAAAUCAAGAAAACAGACUAUCAGAACAUGCACUGGCGGGUGUCAAAUUUGACUGCAAACUUCAUUGAGGAGUUUGUGUCCGUCGCUCAGAUGCUGUCUAUCAUCGGUCACUCCUCGAUGUUGCCCAUCGUGGAACAUUCGUCGUACGUCGAUAAUCUGAUCAUUCCCUGGAAGCUUGACCCGGAUACGCUGAAACUUUCGCUGCGUGGUAAUCUUCCAUACGACGAUGAACUUUUGCAGCCUCAAGCGCGUCUGCUGCGAUUUGUCUUGCAGCAACCAUACUCGCGCGAUAUGGUUUGCUCGAUGCUGAACUUUCAAAAGCAGCAGAAGCAGAAGUGUGCUGCACUCGAGGAGCAGCUAGUGUGGCUGGUGCUGAACGCGAUGGAAUAUUCAGAGAAGGAAGGAAAUCCGGGCGGUCCAAAUGCGGUCGGAUCCGGCAUGAAUGAUCACGACGAUGUUGCAAGCCACACGCAGUGGAUCUGGCUCCAUCUCAGCUCGCAGUUGAUCUAUUUUGUGCUGUUUCAAUUCGCAACGUUUCAGAACAUUGUUAACACCCUGCAUGAGAAGCUUGCAGUACGUAACCUGCGCCGUGGACGGGACCAUCUCAUGUGGGUGUUUCUGCAGUACAUCUCGGGCAGUAUACAGAAGCACUCGAUUCUCAACUUCCUGCCCAUACUGAAGUUGUACGAUAUACUGUAUCCGGAGAAGGAGCCACUACCGGUGCCGGAUUAUAACAAUCCCUACUGCACACACCAGAUGGCUCCAACCUGCAUUUGGAUUCAUCUGAUGAAGCGGGCCCAAACAGAGAGUUACAACAUCAACCGCCCGAUACCGAUCGCUCUGCGAUUGCACUUUGAAUAUCUUCAGCAUCUUGCAAUGCCUAGUAACAACCCGACCCUCUUCAUGGGUUCCGAGUAUCGGUUUGCGUUGCUAUGCAACGCCUACUCGACGCAGACGGAUUAUUUCUCGCGGCCGAUGCAGGCACUGAUCGAUACCAUUCUGGGUAACAGUAAAAACCCCCAGGCCAUGGUAUCCGGUGGUGUGCAGCCCCUACCAACCGCUCCUCUUUCGAUGCGCGUCCUAGACAGCCUGACUAUUCACAGUAAGAUGUCGCUCAUUCAUAGCAUCGUGAUGCAUAUGAUAAAACAGGCACAGAAUAAAAGUGCCAUCCCGAAUGGAAACAAUAUGGCUCCGGCACUGGUUGAAACGUACUCACGGUUGCUCGUGUACACUGAGAUUGAGUCACUGGGCAUCAAGGGAUUCCUGGGUCAACUUUUACCGCAGGUAUUCAAGUCGCACGCAUGGGGGAUAUUGUACACGUUGCUAGAGAUGUUCUCCUACCGAAUGCAUCAUAUCCAUUCACACUACCGUGUGCAACUGUUGACGCAUCUACACUCUCUAGCAUCGGUUCCUCAUACAAACCAGAUGCAGCUACACUCUUGUGUCGAAUCAACUGCCCUUCGUUUGAUCAUCGGCCUCGGUUCAGUCGAAGUGCAGGCGCAGCUGUCUCGCUACGUCAGCGAACCGAAACCACCCGGUAACAUCGUGUCGGCAGAAAGUGAAGAACUCAAUCGGGCACUCGUUCUAACGCUUGCCCGGUCCAUGCACAUCACUGGCACCGGCAACGAUCCGCAGUCGAGCGCAUGGUGCAAGGACCUGCUGCAGAAUAUAAUGCUCAAUACACCGCACGCAUGGCCGCAGCACACGCUCUUCUGUUUUCCACCGGUACUGAACGAAUUCUUUAUGCAGCACAACAUCCCGAAGGAGAACAAACAGCUGCUGAAGAAAACGGUGGACGAAGAGUUCCGUAACUGGGCGUCGAUGACGAACGAGAACGACAUAAUCGCACACUUCGGAAUGGCGGUCAAUCCGCCGCUGUUCUUGUGUCUUGUAUUUAAGAUGAUCAUCGAAACGGAUGCGAUAAGCCCAGUUGCGUACAAGAUUCUUGAACGCAUCGGAGCCCGUGCCCUGUCAACCCACCUUCGCAAGCUGUGUGACUAUCUGCUGUUCGAGGUGGCCAACUCUGGCGGUGGUGCACACGUCAACAAGUGCGUCGACACGAUCAACGACAUGAUCUGGAAGUACAACAUCGUUACCAUCGACCGGUUGGUGCUGUGUUUGAUCCUGCGCACGCUGGACGGUAACGAGGCGCAGGUCAGCUUCUACAUCAUCCAGCUACUGUUGCUGAAGACGACCGAAUUUAGAAAUCGUGUGCAGGAGUUCAUCAGCAUCAACUCACCGGAGCACUGGAAGCAGAACAACUGGCACGAGCGUCACCUGGCGUUCCAUCAGAAGUUCCCGGAAAAGUUCGCUCCGGAUGAGUCCGUUUCGCAUCCGUCGCUGCCGGUGUAUUUUGGUAACGUGUGUUUGCGGUUCCUUCCGGUGCUGGACAUUAUCGUGCACCGAUACCUAGAGGUUCCGACGCAGUUGAGCAAAACGUUGGACGUAAUCUUAGAUCAUCUCGGCUCGCUGUACAAGUUCCACGAUCGACCUAUAACCUAUCUAUACAACACACUGCACUACUACGAGCGAAAGCUGCGUGAUCGCCCACAGCUAAAGAAACGAUUGGUUGGCACUGUCGUUGGAUCUUUGGAAUCUGUGCGGCCAGAGCACUGGGCGCUUACCGAACCGUACGAAGCGUACAUGAUGAAGAAGGAAAACGACAACGUAAACUGGGUUCCGGAGCUGAGCUACUACAUCAAUCUAGUGCGCCGCAUGCAAGACACAAUGGAUGGCAAAAAUGUAUUUUCAGGCACCGAUUGGCGGUUUAAUGAGUUUCCAAAUCCUCCGGCACAUGCCCUGUACGUGACGUGCGUGGAGUUGCUCGGCCUUCCGGUCGGACCGAAUGUAGUAGCGAACAGUAUCAUCGACGUGCUGGUCAAAGGAUACACGGUGGUGCCGUCGCCCGUUUUCCAUAACUGGGUCAACACGAUAGGCUUGAUAAUGGCGGCCCUACCGGAAGCCUACUGGAGCGUCAUCUAUGAGCGUAUGCAGGAAGCGCUCAAUUCUAAUGCUAUGAAGGAAUGGGCCUUCCGGCAGAGCCCCUUCGAGAUGUUCAACUUCAAGGUGGUGAAAGAGGCGAUGCUUGACCGGAGCUACGUGACGGUCCUAGCGAUUGCGCACAGUAUUUUCCAUCACUUUGGCAUCGGACAAUUGGCAACCAUUACGGACUCGUUAAAAGAAAAACUUAAACCGUUGGUUCACACGGAAUAUCAACUAAUCUACCUUUGCCACGUGGUGGGACCGUUCCUGAAUCGACUGAGCGUCGAACGUGCGCGAGCCGUCUCCGACAUUACGUUGAUGUUGUACGAGCUGCUCGAACAGGUCGACAAGGCGCAACCGUCGCAACCGUUACGCUUUAUGGAUCCUAUUUGCGAUCUACUCUACCACAUCAAGUACAUGUUUGUCGGCGAUACAAUGAAGCCGGAGCUGGAAGCCAUCAUCCGUAGACUAAGACCUGCGCUACAGAUGCGGCUGCGUUUUAUUACGCGCCUUAAUGUGGAUGAAAUCGGUGUUGAUCAGAAUGUCGGAAACACAGCACAAGGACAAAGCACGGUAGCAACGAUGGCCGGUGCCGGAUCAGCUGUCGCAGGGGUGGGAACUGUUGGUGGUGGUGGUGCAGUAAAUGCCCCUGGCAUAGGGGGUCAGCAAGCAACACAGGCAACGGGCGGUGUCGCCAUGCCACAACAAGCGGUGGGUGGAGUCGUGAAUCAAAAUGUAGCCCUACAACAGCAACUUCAGCAACAGCAACAAAUGGGUCAAGGUAUGCAAGCGCAUCACUAGAACGUUGAAAACCACCGAGAAGAUGGAACUGACCGGGUCCAAAUGGACUUAUACAUUUAUAUUUUUUUAUCCUUCACAUAAGUGUGUAUACGUCUGAACGAUGUUUAACAUAAAAAAUAAAUCUCUUGUGUAGAAAAAUCCUUCUAACCGA